CAAAGGAAAUAGGACCAGCCAGGCGCCCUCGCAUGUUUUUUGUUGGGUUGGUUGGACAAAAAAAGUGCCGAGGAAACCUGGGAGAGGAGCCAAAUCUUCCAGAUGUACCUGAAAACAGCCAUAUGGUGGAAGCGUUCUAUAAAGGAAACUUGAGUCAGUCAGUAGAAAGACACGUUUGUCAGACAACUUUUUCUUGUGUUUACUUGAGAAACGGCAGGGGGGAAGACAAGUUCAACAGGCUAUAUGACUGCUAUUCUGAGCGACAGACCUCACCCACAGGAGUCAAGAUAUAAUAUAGUUUGAUGGGAAGAAAGGAAAGAUUUAGCUUGAAAUAGACGUCCUCAACUUGAAACUGGUACACUGCGCAUUGACACAUCUGUAGUGAAGGAAUUUGUAUUUCUGUGUCAGUAUUACUACAAUAUUUCUAACAGAAUCAGAAAAAAUAAUCACUGACACUUGUGGGCGCAGAAAGAGGCUUGUUGUAGAUUUUCUUUCACAUGCCUGGUAGCAGCCGACCACUUCGCUUCAAUGGAGAAGUGCAGCAGCAAAAGAACUAAUUGUAGAGGCCGCCGUCACCUCAACAUCAUCUGGAAGAUAGCCUAGCUCAGCUCAGGUCAGCGCAGCCCUGCUAGCUUGUCCUUCAUCGCUCCCCAACCCCUUCGUUCUCCCCCUGCAUCCCACUCAGCACCCCUCCACUUCGCUUCUGCUCUUUCCAAUCGAGUUGCCAUGGCAUCGGUGCGUUUCACGGUGACGCCUACGAAGGCCGAGGACCUCCCGGGGCUGUCGGACACGUCGCCUGACAUCAGCUCUCGCUCCGGCGCCCGUGUGCGCUUCGGCUCCAAGGAGAGCGUCAAUCGAAGUGACCUGCUCAGCGAGUUGUCGGGAGGCGUGACAGCAGGAGGAGGGACGGACACGCCGGACCACAGCAGUGUGGACCAAGGUGAUGGAAAUUCCAAAAUCUCCAGUGUGUACAUCAACAACACUCAUGGUGUGGACGAUGAUGACUUCUACGACAGAAACCUGGCCUUGUUUGAGGAGGAGAUGGACACUCGGCCGAAGGUGUCUUCUCUGCUCAGCCGCCUGGCCAACUACACCAACCUGACGCAGGGAGCCAAGGAGCACGAGGAGGCCGAGAGCAUCGGCGAGAAGAAGAAAGCCGGCAAGUCGCCACAGAUGGGGACCCUGAUGGGCGUUUACCUGCCUUGCCUCCAGAACAUCUUCGGUGUCAUCCUGUUCCUGCGGUUGACCUGGGUGGUGGGGACUGCCGGGGUGCUGCAAGGCCUCUGCAUUGUCUUCAUAUGCUGUUGCUGUACGAUGCUGACUGCAAUAUCGAUGAGUGCAAUCGCCACUAAUGGAGUUGUGCCAGCGGGAGGCGCCUACUUCAUGAUCAGUCGCUCUCUGGGUCCAGAGUUUGGGGGGGCAGUGGGCCUGUGUUUCUACUUGGGCACCACCUUCGCUGGAGCCAUGUACAUCCUGGGAGCCAUCGAGAUCCUUCUGAUGUACAUAGCACCUAAGGCAGCCAUUUUUGAGUCAAAGCAGCCUGAAGGCGAAGGGGCGGCCAUGCUGAACAACAUGCGGGUCUACGGCUCCAUAUGUCUCCUCCUGAUGUCCCUGCUGGUCUUUGUGGGCGUGAAGUAUGUCAACAAACUGGCCUCCAUCUUCUUGGCCUGUGUCAUCGUCUCCAUCGUCUCCAUCUAUGUCGGAGCGCUGGUCUCCGCCUUCAAACCGCCACAAUUCCCCGUGUGCAUGCUGGGAAACAGAACCAUCAACGGCCAUGACAUCGAUGACCGGCAGUGUGCAAAGACCAUCCUGCUGCAGUUCCAAGAGUCAACGGAGGCACCUGACGCCAACUUCACAUUCAUUAAUGAAAACAGCACUGUGGGCCCGACCUUUGACCCCAGCCUUGCUCCUGCUCUCGUCGAGAAGACCACAAGCAUUUGGAAGCAUUUUUGCAACGGCCCAGAGCUCAACGCCUCCUGCGACAAGUACUUCAGUUCCAACAAUUUCUCAGAGAUCGAGGGGAUCCCUGGUCUGGCCAGUGGCAUCAUAUCAGAGAACCUGUGGAGCUCCUACCUCAGCAAAGGGGACGUGGUGGAGAAAGGCUCCCUGAGCUCCUCUCUUGAUGCCCAUCCGCCAUCUACUCAUCAUCCUUACGUAUUUGCUGACAUCACUACCUCCUUCACACUGUUGGUGGGCAUCUUCUUCCCCUCUGUCACAGGAAUCAUGGCAGGGUCCAACCGGUCAGGGGAUCUGAAAGAUGCCCAACGCUCCAUCCCCAUUGGAACCAUUCUGGCCAUCCUCACCACCUCUCUUGUCUACCUGACCAGCGUUGUUUUGUUUGGAGCCUGCAUCGAUGGAGUGGUCCUCAGAGACAAGUUUGGCGACUCUGUUAAAGGGAAUCUGGUGGUGGGAACUCUGGCUUGGCCCACCCCGUGGGUCAUUGUGAUUGGCUCCUUCUUCUCCACAUGUGGCGCAGGCCUCCAGUCGCUGACCGGCGCUCCCCGACUCCUACAGGCCAUUGCCAAGGACAACAUCAUCCCAUUCCUGAGGGUGUUUGGUCAUGGGAAGGCUAAUGGGGAGCCCACCUGGGCCCUGCUGCUGACCGCCCUGAUAGCCGAGCUCGGGAUUCUCAUCGCCUCUCUGGACCUGGUGGCUCCAAUCCUCACAAUGUUUUUCCUGAUGUGUUAUCUGUUUGUGAACCUGGCCUGUGCCCUGCAGACCCUCCUGAGGACACCCAACUGGAGACCACGCUUCUCCUACUACCACUGGACCUUGUCAUUUUUGGGGAUGACGAUCUGCCUGGCGCUCAUGUUCAUAUCCUCCUGGUACUACGCAAUCGUUGCCAUGGUGAUCGCCAGCAUGAUCUACAAGUACAUUGAGUACCACGGAGCAGAGAAAGAGUGGGGGGAUGGGAUCCGUGGUCUCUCACUCAGUGCUGCCCGUUAUGCCCUCCUGAGGUUGGAAGAGGGACCACCGCACACCAAAAACUGGAGGCCUCAGGUGUUGGUCUUACUAAAACUGGACGAGGACGCCCACGUCAAGUCUCCUCGCCUACUGACGUUUGCCAGCCAGUUGAAGGCGGGUAAAGGCCUAACCAUUGUUGGCACGGUCGUCCCCGGCAACUUCCUGCAAAGCUACGGAGAGGCCCUCGCUGCUGAGCAGACUCUGAAGCACCUGAUGGAUAAGGAGCGUGUGAAGGGCUUCUGUCAGUGUAUCGUGGCUCAGAAGCCUCGUGAAGGUAUCAGCCACAUGAUUCAGUCCAGCGGCCUGGGAGGAAUGAAACCCAACACUGUGGUGAUGGGCUGGCCUCACGCCUGGAGGCAAAGCGAGGACCCCCAGGCCUGGAAGACCUUCAUCAACACAGUGCGGGUGACCACAGCAGCCCACUUGGCCCUGCUGGUCCCAAAAAACAUCUCUCUGUUCCCCAGCAACAGUGAGCCCUGCACAGAGGGCUACAUCGACGUCUGGUGGAUCGUGCAUGACGGAGGGAUGCUAAUGCUGCUGCCCUUCCUGCUGCGCCAACACAAGGUGUGGCGUAAGUGUGGGAUGCGAAUCUUCACAGUGGCCCAGAUGGAGGAUAAUUCCAUCCAGAUGAAGAAGGAUCUGGCAACCUUCCUCUAUCACCUACGCAUUGAGGCCGAGGUGGAAGUAGUUGAGAUGCAUGACAGCGACAUCAGCGCAUACACCUACGAAAGGACCCUGAUGAUGGAGCAGAGGUCUCAGAUGCUCAGACAGAUGCGACUGUCUAAAUCCGACCGGGAACGAGAGGGAAAUCCUGGUAGGAGCAGCAGUAGGCAGGAGGCAGGUGGAGCUACAAGGUCUCAGGUGUAUCUUUCCCUCAGGUGCGGAAGUACUGGAGUCCACACCUCAAACACCUCCAAAGGAAACAGAGACAGACAGGCCCAGCUGGUGAAAGACCGCAACUCCAUGCUGCGGCUGACGAGCAUUGGAUCGGACGAUGACGACGACACCGACGGCGGAGAGCGAGACAGGGUGGCGAGCGGUGGCGGUGGUGGUGGUGGUGGUGGUGGCGGCGGCGGCGGCGGCAGCUCUGAGCAUCACCGACGAGUUCAGAUGACCUGGACCAAAGAGAAGACCUCGCAGUACAGAGCCACGCACUCCGGCUGCUCCACGCCCGAAGGCUUCAGAGACAUGCUCAGCAUCAGGCCGGACCACUCCAACGUCAGGCGGAUGCACACCGCCGUCAAGCUCAACGAGGUCAUUGUCAACAAAUCCCACGAUGCCCGACUCGUCCUGCUCAACAUGCCAGGCCCCCCUAAGAACCCGGAGGGAGACGAGAACUACAUGGAGUUCCUCGAGGUUCUGACAGAAGGACUGGAGCGCGUCCUGUUGGUCCGCGGCGGAGGAAGUGAAGUCAUCACCAUCUACUCCUGAUUGGACAAACGGAAGAAGCCAGCAUUUAAGAGAGGCAACCAAUCAGGCGGAAGUGAAGCGAAGGGAGACGGUGGAGGUUCUGUGAGCACGGGAGGGGCGGGGGAAGGGGCUUAAAAAGUGAUUGUCAUUGGCUGCAGCGUCAGUCAUCACUCCCAUCACCUGUCUGCCCACCCCCCACCCCCCGACUCCCCCUUCAGCCCCUUUCCUUUCAUCUUUACACUUUUCUGUCAAGACAAAGGUUUCCAUUCCACUUGCAUCAAGCUACAGAAAUGCCAACACAAUUCCACAAACAAGCAAAACAAAACAAAACAAAACAAAACAACAAAGCAAAACAAGUGAUCAACUCUGUGUGUGCGCGCGUGUGUUUGUGUGAAAAUCAUCCACCUGAGAGAGGUGUGGGUUGUUGGAGAAUGGGACCAGGGCUGUGUUCGGUGUCUUUGGGCGGUGGACCAUCGUUCCACUGACGAGACUCAGGGUUGCUUCUUUUACAGAAUGUAUUUUGGAAGCAGACGUGUGUUGCGAGUAGGUCGAAUGUCUGAACUGAGUGUUUGGGUUUUAUUUAAUUGUUUUUAUUUUUUUUUGUCUCUUGAAGAUACAGUAACGUUUAUUCCGAUACUGCAUAAGAACUGGAAAAGCGAUAAUGCAUCAGAGGAAGUGGUUCCUGUAAGGAAAAUCAGUUUUGUGCUGAGCUGAAAAAAAAUAUGGUUAUCAUUUAAUUGCAUAUCGAAUGUGGUUUCCUUUCUUACCUCAGAAUUUGUUUUAUCCACAGUGAAGCCGAGUGACACUGAAUUUUUUAUUUCUCAUUUUACGUAUGUUUUUUGAACUUGCUGCUAUUUCUCCCAGUCUACUUUUCCUGUGUGGAGGCCCAUUUUCUCCAGACAAAGUAAGAAAAAUGCACACAGGUUUAAUUUACUGCUACUUUAAUUUUGACUUAUCGAACUGACUUUAAAUUUAUAAGAUAGAAAGUCAAAUUACAAGAUCUUUUUAUCUUGUAAUUUUGACUUGGUUAUUUUCUUUUUUGUCCUAGUAAAGAUGGGUUUCCAUACACCUGCUACACCAUAAUCUGAUGGGGGAAAAAAAUUUAAGAAAUUAUGAGCAGUUAUCAAGUGACGCAUAUCUGCAAAAGUGAAACCCCGGCAGUGUGUUCUGCUGCUGUUUGACAAGAGUUUCUUAAAUGUGGUGUCUUUGUGCACCACAUUCAUGGAUUUGUGAUGUCGGCAAAGAUCCGAGGAAAACCCAACAUUAAACCGACGACAAGGAAGCUAACAGAGGUCUCCUCUGUGUCGUGCCAUAAACUGGCCCCACAUAGGACUGCAUGUGAGUAGCCGUGUUAGUACGUUAGAGUAGAUGAUCACAACGUAGCACGUGUCUGGAAAAGUCAGUCUUGUUGCUGCAAAGCCCUCAGAAAGGGAUAAAAGGAAAGACUGGAAGAGCUAGAAAAUCAGUAUUGUUGGCACAAUGAACCAUCGUGGAGAGGACCACUGCACUGCAUGCUGUCAAACUGUCACUUGGAAAGAAGAGUGUGUGUUUGUGCACUGUAUGAAUGAUGCAGUAUAUGGUGUUUUCCGUUCCUCAAAAUGAGAAUGUUGGUUGUGUCUUGUAGUGUGAGCUUGUGCCCUGAAACUCUCCACCUCACUGUACACCUGAACCUGCUGACAUCUCCUGCUUUGUGUGUGUGAAUGAGAGCUUGUGACUUUGUUGCUGAAGUAAGGAGCUGUAAACUAGAGGCGUUUGAUUCCACUCUAAUACUUUUGUUCCGUUUGUUUCUUGCUUUCUUUUUUACAGUGUUAUUGUGCAGGGAUUCUUUUAUGUUCACUGUUAUUUCCUAAACAUUGUUUUCUUGCUUGUACAUAAAGACAAAAAGAUCCCAAGUUUUAUCUUUUUUUAAUGACAUUAAUAUAAAAAGCAAUCAUAAAAAAUCUUUGCUUGAAAAAAUACAGGAAUAAAUAAAGCAAUUUUGAAGGAAAAGUUA